CGAGACUCGGACCAAGUCGCAGGUGUUUUCUGGAAUUUCUCCGCCGAGUGAACUGUGCAUUAAACCGUGGUGCCUGGUGAGAAAGUGUUCAACAAAUCGGAAGGAAGAAAGAAGAAUCCGUUGAGUUUGAAGAAGUGAGUUCCUGAUCAGCGUGUUGAAAGAAGAAACCAAUUUGUGGUAGUUCCAGUUGAGAGUGUAGGGCAUUUUUUGACAGAUUACACAGUAAAGCGAGUUUAAGGAAGAAACAGUUUAAAAUGCGGCUUUGGGUGGUUUGGGGCGUCUUCGCCCUGGCCAUCGUGGUGACGGGUGCCACCGAGUCGGAUCUGCCGGAUUUCGACUUUGACCAGAAGGAAGAGGCCACCGGAGGAACCGGUGACGGAGACGCGGAUGACUACUAUUAUGUGAGCGAUGACGUCGACGACCAGCAGAUGCAACCGUCGCACAAGAUCCCAAACUACAACCGGUCCAGCAGCUUGGAGGACACCAACAGCGCCUCCAAGGGAUCCUUCCUGAUGGAGGACGACGACACCAGCUUCGACAUGAUGGACGAGGUGGACUUUGUGGAGGACGCCGAAGCGGCCAGCAACUUUGAGCGGAAGCAGGCGGCGAUGCGCCGGAUUAUGCUGCAAGCGUUCGCCAACCGGGACAUGCAGAGAAAGUUCGGCGAGGUGUUGCCCCUGCUGAAGGUGAUGUCCCGGGCCCAGAAGGCGACGCUGGCGGCGCUCAUCUCGGCGCAGGUCAACUCGAAGGAGGGCCACACGAUGUCGUUGGAGCAGGUCAAACAGAUGUUUGGCGAUCGCCAGGAGCUGAUCCUCCCGCUGGUCUACGACAUCGCGAACAUGAUCCGGACCGUUGCCAAGAAAGAGAGUCUGCUGAACAACCAGUUCCCGGCGGCCGAUGAAGAAGAGCAAGUCCCAAGCCAGCAGCUGCUGCGGCGGAGCUUCUCCGUACGAUCCGAGCCGCAGGGAUUCCGCAUGAGUACCGAGGUGGAGUCGGCUGAUUCAAAUCUGAAAGACGAUCGGCUGGUGGUUGAUGUCGAUGACGAGGCAGAUGUUGAGCCUGCUGGUCCAGAAGGUCGCUCGCUAACUCCGGUAGCGGAAAAGCUCGUCCAGUCGAAACCUCGCUUCAACAACGCACAAAUGGUCAAGUCCCGUGAUAAAAGCGAAGAUCGAAUGAGCUACCACGAGCGCAAGCUCAACAUGACCGCGUUCAACUCGACCAAAAACCAGCGGGACCAGAUGGCCAUGCCCUCGGACGGACCGAUCCCAAUCACCCUCCCGAAACACACCCCGUACCAAAAAUAUUCGACGCCAACGACGACGGUGGAACCGGAACCGGAAGUGACCACGCUAACCUUGGAGGAAAUCGAAGAUAUGGCCCUGGCUGGGCUGAACGGAACCGAGUUGGAUGCGCUGCAGGCCAGUGUUGCCAGCGGAAACGGGAACGGAACGGGGCCGGUGGCGGAGAUGUUGAUCGGAGGGUACAAGAACAGGCCACCGGGCUAUCACAAGAUCCAUAUGCUGCUGCCGAAUGAAAAGUGCGACCACUUUUCGACGGGAGUGUGCAUCCGGGUUGAGAAUUAUCCAUCGUCAAGAAUCAUGAACAGUAUCACGCGACACAAGUCGGCCAUGGGCGCCCUGCUGGCGGAAUACAUCGACAAGAGCAACGAGUUCGACAAAAAUGCGUUCGAGCCGGAAGAGAUCGACGGGGACAUCAACACCAAGCUGAGGAAACGCUCGGACGACCCCAGCAAAACCGGCGGCGGCAUGUGCCCCAGCAUCAUCCGGUACGCCCGGCCCCAGAAGGCGCGGUCGGCCACCGGCGAGUGGAAGUACAUCGUCAACACCGGAGAGCACACGCAAACGCUGCGGCUGGAGAAGUGCACAACUCCCCAGGACAGCUGCACUUACCUGACUGACAACUUCCGGUCGCGUUGCGUCCAGAUCUACAACUACCACCGACUGCUCAGCUGGGACACGGCCCGCGGUCUGCACGUGGACAUUUUCAAGGUGCCAACGUGCUGCUCGUGUCACAUCGAUGGCUACCGGGAGGUGUUCCCACCGUUCAACGGCCACAACGAUUACGAAGGCAAGAGUGACGCAUCUUAUGAAGAUCCAACGAUUUCUGCGAGUAAUACACACGUGAGGCACACGCAGUACAGCACGUUGAAGUUUGAUCACCAGCACGACGGGCCGGAAAAUGUGGAUGAAAAUAUUGCCUACCAGUACUCGAACGGAUUCCAGCGGUUGAAGCCGCAGCAAAAGUUCCAGGAAAAUACCCACUUGAUUCCACCGAAUGGCCCACCGCAGGCACAUCUGCCGAAGAACCGAUUUGAGAGACCAAAGUUCGGACUUCCGAAAAAGACAAAUCUGCCAAACUACAUGACCUCGCCAGUGCUGGACUCGUAUCUGAGCCCACCUCCAAAUGAUGUCAGCUUCCACGUGCCAUUCAAACGGGGACCUCACUUCACCAACGACAACUCGCUCAAGAGGACAGCCCAGGUUCAACCUUCGCCCAACCGACAGAACCGACUCCCCAUCCGCAAGCAAAUCAACGUUGACCAGAACAUCGCCGAGACAGACAUCCGAAUCAACCAGGUCCAGGUGAUGCCUCCGCCCAAACAGGACCGACUCCCCCCAACGCAAGCCACCGAGAAACUCCGCAAACGGUACACAACUCCCCCCACGACGACCUCCACCAACAACAACAACAAGAAAGAAAAGAUCCCCAACUACCGGAUACCACAACUCCACCAGCAACAGUCAAGUUCGGCGACAGGAACCGUCAAAACGCCGCCCUUUCUUCCGCCAAUUUCGUCCACGGUAACGUCCACGACGCCCGCGGCCUCGACCAACGGCCACCAGCGGAUCAACUACAACUACCAUCCGAUCAUCGACUUCUUCGGCGAGCCGGAGGUCAUCCCCGACCUGGACCCAUCCGAGCCGAUCGACCGCAUCGGGACGUCCCUCAUCAACUCCGGAGGUGGCUCCGGCAGUCACUCUUCGACGUCCCUCAACAGUUGGAAGCCCGUCCUGCACCACCAGCAGUCACAGCAGCAGCAGCAGCGACCAAUGAGGAUACCGGUCUGAAGUUACUCACCCCAAGCGCUCAAAAGUGAGUGGGAUAAAAAGCUCAAGCCCCAGUGAAACAUUUCUUGCUCAGUUCAGCUAAAAGCUUUCGCGGCUCUCUCAGCAGCAGCUCUCUUCUCAGAUGCAGCCUGAAGUUAUACUCCUUGUACAAUAUUUAUUGAGAGGGAACCCUACCUUUUUGCUUUUGAAAAAAAUAUGGGUUCAACUUUUAUCUUCUCCCACAAUCCCCUGUCUUCGAAAGCUUCUUCUUUUAGUUUGUUAAGGCCCCAAAACUAGUGUUACGUUAAAUUUUAAUGUUAUUUAUGAACUAAACUAAUUGAUAACGAAACGACAAUCAACGAAAAGCCGGUUUUGCUUUGUUUUUGUGACAGGUGAAUAAAAAUCGCUGUGAUUCUAAAAUAUA